UCCCCCGGCGGGGAAGGCGGAAGAGCGAAGCCGCUGUCUUGGGUCUGCUGCGCUGCCGAGUUUUAUGCACCUGUCUGGGCUCCUGCUCGCCCUGGAGAAGGAACAGAAGGGAGCUACCCCGGCCAUGUGCUCGGUAAGCGAGGCCGGCAGCACAGACCCCCUGGUGACCCGUUUCAGGCAGGUGGAGGAGACGCUGGAGAAGCUGCACCGGGAGAACAGGAGCUUGAAGAAUAAAGUGCCUCGGUACAACGCGCUCUGCACCUUGUACCACGAGUCCGCGCAGCAGCUGAAGCACCUCCAGCUGCAGCUGGCGGCCAAGGAGGCGACGAUCCGGGAGCUGCGGGGCAGCCUGGCCCGGCAGCGGCAGCCUGGCCCGGCGGCGGGCGGGGAUGCGGCGGCGGGCGCGGAGCCGGCCCGCUCGCUGGUGGAGAGCCUGCUGGAGCAGCUGGAGCAGGCCCGCGACAGCGAGCGGCUCUCGGCGCGGAGAGCGGAGACGCUGAGCCAGGAAGUGCAGAAGUUGAAUCAGCAGCUAGAGGAGAAAAAUGGAGAGAUACAGCAGAUGAUAAAUCAGCCUCCAUAUGAAAAGGAGAGAGAAAUCUUACGACUGCAGAAGACUCUGGCAGAGAGGGAGAAGGCUCAGGCCACCAGUGAUGUUUUGUGCCGUUCACUCACUGAUGAAACUCACCAGCUUCAACGCAAAUUAGCGUCCACAGCAGAAAUGUGCCAACAUCUGGCAAAAUGUCUAGAAGAGAAGCAAAGAAAAGAGAAGGGGAAUUCAGAUGACCAGAUACCUACAGAAAGAUCUAAUCAGCUUUUAGACAAUGAAACUUCACUUCAGUCUCUAAUCUGCAACUUACAAGAGGAAAACAGGAUGUUAAAACAAAAAGUAGCUCACGUGGAAGAUUUAAAUGCAAAAUGGCAGAAGUACGACGCGAGCAGGGACGAGUACGUGAAGCGACUGCACCUGCAGCUGAAGGAGAUGAAGUCCCAGCUGGAGCAGCACCACGGAGGAGCUCCAGCACAGAGGAAUUCUGACCUGAUGCACAAGGAGAUCUUCCGGUUAAACAAACUACUGGAAGAGAAAAUGAAUGAGUGCAUAAAAACCAAGAGAGAGCUGGAAGACAUGAAGAAGGCUUGUGAAGGAGAUCAUGAGCGAAUACAAAUGCUGGAGCAACAGGUCCUGGUUUAUAAAGACGAUUUCACAUCUGAGAGAUCAGACAGAGAACGAGCGCAGAGUAAAAUACAAGAACUUCAGGCAGAAGUUGCAUGUCUGCAACACCAGCUAGCAAGAAGACAGGACUCCAGAGACACAAGCAGUCAUUUCAGAGUUCACGCUGGUAACCAAAAUCAUUUGUUUGUUCAGACAAAUGUGGAACACCUACGAGGCAACAGCCCAGGCCAGACAGGGAAGAGAAGAACAAACUCACAGUCUGAACAAGCUUCUCCUCCUGGGGACAAUGGAAACUUGGGAUCUGAAGGCAGGGCACAGGGUGAACUCAGAUGCCCUCACUGCAUGAGGUUUUUCAGUGAUGAACUUGGUGAUGAAUUCCUCAAGCACGUUGCUGAAUGUUGUCAGUGACCACAGGAUGUGAGGGGUGUAAGUCAAUCAAUCACUACUUUUAUAGAUGUAAAAGUUGCUCUAUACAUGUAUCUCCUACAGUCCUAAAACAGAGUAAUUCAAAUGGAGAGCUCUGGGGAAUUAGGAGGAUGAACAAUAUCUACCUCUUGAUUUUGCCUUCUCUUGGACUGUGUGAAAGGCUUCAAGAGAAAGCAAAGUGUUUUUCUGAAGAACUAUUUUUGACAGCUACAAGGAAAGCAAGUAUAAUGGAGAUUCUACUACAGACUAAACUGAAACCUACAGUGGUAGUUUAGCUUCAGAGUGCAGCUUGACUUUAUUUGGGUCUAAUUCUCUACCACAUCUGAUGGCUUGUGAGAAAAAUUACUGAACUUGAAAUUUUCCUCCUCUUCCAAAAAAUGUAGGCUGAAGAACAGGAAGGAAUAUUUUGGCAGAGGAUAGGAAAAAUCUUACUGUGCUUUAUCUGGAUUAAAAGCGAAAGUAUGUUCUUGACUCUUGAGGCUGAACUUUCAAACAUCUCAUCUGAAAAUCCUUCUGUUUAACUGAAAUCAGAAGAAGUGAAGAAAACAUAAAAGGGCUGGUUAUUGACUAAAACUAGCCUGUCUUUUUUGCACAGAAACAAGGUACAGGGAUAUUUAUAUUGUCUGUGCCAUAAAUAUCUGUCUUACAGAUUUGUGAAUGGAUAUUUGUGUAAUUAUUGUCUGUAUUCCUAUUUGACCUAAGGAUUAUUUUUAUAAUAAAAGUGAUUCUGCAUUUGCUUUACUAC